GCCACGUCAGCAGUGCCACGUCACAGUGCCACGUAAGCAACAGUGCCACGACAGCAGUGCCACGUCAGCAUGACGGGUCCAGCAACGGGCCUGCCAGGCCAACUGGCCAAUGAGUCCCUUGCCGACUACAAACAGCGCUUCCAAGCUCAGCUCGCUUUCAUCGAGGCUGAGGAACAACGCCAGCUGGCAGCCGAGGCUGCCCGCCUACAGGCCGAAGCAGCGACAACAGCAGAGAAGCUGCGGCUACAGGCCAAAGCAGACGCAGAUGCCCAGGCUCGCCGCAAGGAAGCCCAGGAUCUGCUGCAGCGGCAUGAAGCCAACAGCAUCGAGAGACUCAAGUUCUGGCACUUUGAACCGAACGGCAACGACACAACACCGGAAGAGCAGCAUAAGGAGUUCCUCUCCAAACUCGUGACACGGUUGUUGUAUGCAGGCAACUACCAACAGUCCGAGUUAGAGAGACAGAACCAGGAACUGCAGCAACAGUACCAGGAUCUGAAGACACAGCACCAGGAGUUGGCGAACCUCCACCGGAUAGCUGUACCAGGACCAGAUGCUGGGGCUUCCAGCAGUGCACCCUCUAGCCGCCAACUGGAGGAACGUGUUGACCACGUUGUGGCAAUGCUGGGCGACAUCAGCAACUUCGCGGCGCCAACCACCAUCAGCAGCCAGCUGGAAACAUUGAAGACCAAGGUCCAACAACUGCAGUCGACGAACUCGGAUGGCAAUCCAAUGCUGUCAUGCGCUGCGCUGAGCCAGACACUUGGUGAUCGCGAGCAGUAUACCACUUUCGCCGAGAUCAUUGACAAGGCGAGAAAGAUCAUCAAGACCAACAGGGCAGCUGCACACGAUAAGUCAACGUGGCAGCCGACUUAUGUGGAGAAGGUGAGAACUGGUCCACGACAGCAGCAGUUCGCUGCAGUCCAAUCGGACAGUGGAGAAGACCCAGCAGCCACUCCAGGAUCACGUGAGGGAGAUCAGGUGGCUGCUGUCCAGCCGCGAAGCAACAAGCCCCGAGUGAACGGGAAGGCGAAACCAGCAUCGCCGGCCGGAAAUGGACAGCCAGCACCACCAUGGGUCAAGUUCGGCUUGACCGAGGCCGAGUACAAGUACCGCAACCGUUACGGCUGCUGUUACUGGUGCAACAGCACCAAGCACAAGACCUCCAUUUGCCAGGAUCAGCCCAAGGAGGAUGUGCGGCCUCGCCCGCACGGAGUAGUCCCGGAUCUACCCAUCCGCCACGAGAUCAUCCUCGAGGACAGGGCUGUACCUCCGCGCGGUUGCAUCUACCAAAUGAGCGAGGAAGAGUUAAGUGUGCUUCGGGCACAACUCGACGACCUUCUGGAGAAAGGCUGGAUUCGACCUAGCUCAUCGCCAUACGGUGCUCCUGUUCUCUUCGUCCGGAAGAAGAACAAGGACCUGCGGUUGUGCAUCGAUUAUCGCAAACUCAACGCGCAGACGAUCAGGAACGCCAGCCCUCUCCCACGCAUCGACGACCUUCUCGAGCGGUUGGGCGGCGCCCAGUUCUUCUCUAAGCUGGAUCUCAAGUCAGGGUACCACCAACUCGAGAUUCGCAAGGAGGAUCGCUACAAGACCGCGUUUAAGACGCGAUAUGGGCAUUUCGAAUGGCUGGUUAUGCCAUUUGGCCUUACGAAUGCCCCGACCACUUUCCAAGCGGCUAUGACAACGGAGUUUCGACACAUGCUGGAUCGAUACAUACUUAUCUACCUCGACGACAUCCUGACCAAGUACAAAGCCAACCGCGACAAGUGCGAAUUCGCACGGCAGGAGCUGGAGUACUUGGGACAUUAUGUGACGCCGCAAGGCAUCCGUCUGCUUGCGGACAAGAUCGAGGACCUACGAGUAUGGCCCGAGCCCACCAACACCACGGACGUUCGUUCAUUCAUGAAAUUUGCGGGCUACUAUCAGCGAUUCAUCACCGGAUAUUCCAGGACUGCUGCACCUAUGACGAAGUUACAGUCGCCAAAGGUGCCAUUCGUAUUCGAUGACGACGCACGCCGGUCAUUCCAGGCACUUAACACGGCUAUGCUGAUGGCACCCGUCCUUAGCAUCUAUGACCCCACACUGCCGACGCGAGUGACUACGGACGCUUCCGGCUAUGGCAUUAGGGCAGUCUUGGAACAGCACGACGGCGAGGACUGGCACCCUGUGGAGUAUUUCAGCCACAAAGUGCCUCCCAUCAACUCGCUUGAUGAUGCAAGGAAGAAGGAGCUGCUCGCAUUCGUCAUGGCUCUCAAGCGAUGGCGGCACUUCCUCCUUGGGCGUCGUAGGUUCACAUGGGUUACGGAAAACAAUCCAUUGACCUACUACAAGACGCAGGAUACGGUGAGCAGCACGAUCGGACGAUGGAUGUACUUCAUCGACCAGUUUGACUUCACACUGAAACAUCUUCCCGACCUUUCAAAUCGCGCAGCAGAUGCACUCUCGCGAAGACCUGAUCUUUGCGCUAGGACACAUCAUGCCUUCGCAUUCGACGAGGAGCUUCAGCAACACUUCAUCCGGACUUCGCCACGCUGUAUGCACAGCUAUCUUCGGAUCACCCGCCGGCCAGCCACUAUCGCAUUGCCGACGGGUACUUGCUCCUCCACUCGAGAGGCAAGGACUUACUAUGUGUCCCACGCGACCGCCGUCUUCGAACUCGCCUCCUCGACGAGUAUCAUGAUUCACGACUCACCGGCCAUUUACGAGUCAACCGCACUAUUGCACGGCUUCGACAGCGAUUCCGAUGGCCUGAUCUCAUUACCGAUGUCACUCGGUAUUGCGACUCUUGCGAAGUUUGCCGACGCAGCAAGCCCCGCAACCGCAAUCCCUACGGCGAAAGACAUAGUCAGAGACCGCGACACUCGCUUCAUGUCGGCAUUUUGGACUGCUCUCAUGCAGGAGUCCGGCACGAAGAUGAAGCCAAGUUCGGCUCGGCAUCCACAGACAGACGGGCAGACGGAGCGGGCACAUCAAACCGCUCAAAUGAUGCUUCGUACGCUCGUCCGUCCGAACCAGAAAGAUUGGGUUGACCGCCUCCCCGACAUCGAGUUCGCCUACAACACUUCGGUGCACCCGACGAUCGGCGUGACUCCAUUCGAGUUGCACCACGGUGGACGGAAAUCCCGUAUCUUCGCCGACCUUCUCCUCCCUCGACCAGCCGACAUUGACGCCGCUUGCUCUCCCGCUUCCGUCCGGAAGUACAGGGAAUUGCUGACUCAAGCCCGCGCGAACAUGCAAAAGGCUCAAGUCUGCAUGCAGCAGCAAGCCAACAGGCGUCGCAUGCCAUGUCCCAUCCGCGCCGGUGAUCUGGUUUGGGUCUCCGCGGAAGAGUUUGCACUGGAACAGGAUGUUUCACGCAAACUGCUUCCCAAGUGGUUUGGACCUUGGUCUGUGACAGCAGCCGCGGGCGAUGAGCCCGAUGGCCCUUCAUUUGUGAUCAACAUUCCAGAGCAUCUGACGGUCCAUCCAGUCUUUCACGCCUCGAAGCUGGCAACAUAUACACCAGCUAAGAGCGAUGACUUCCCGGGCCGACGAUCGCAGGACCCUCCUAUGGAUGGUCUUUAGGAAGUUGACCGCGUCGUCACGGAUCGCAAGUAUGGCAGCAAGCCGCGCCAGUACAAAGUUACAUUCAGAGCAUGCGAUCCCAACGA